GAAAACCUGCUCGAUCGUUUGCUGCGGGCGUGGAGAUGCAGGCGGCGGAUGGAUGUUGCCCUUGCUGCUGAGGUGCAGGCGGCUCAGUAUGAGCACCUGGGAGCCUGGCAAGGCGCAGGGGAUACCCACGGUGCCCCUCUCUAAUGGUUUAAACAUCCCUGUGUUGGGGCUGGGAACAUCACAUCAUGGUGGCUUCUCUCAUGAUGCUGUCGUGUAUGCGCUACAAAAAUGUGGUAUUCGUCAUAUUGACACAGCAAAGAGAUAUGGCUGUGAAUCACUCCUGCAGAAGGCUAUCGAAGAGAGUGGUAUCAAACGAGAACAUCUCUGGCUAACUACCAAACUCUGGCAUACAGAUUAUGGUUAUGAGAAAACAAAACAAGCCUACUUCGAAUCCUGCAGGAGACUUGGCGUUGAAUACUUAGAUCUUUUUUUGGUGCAUUGGCCUGAUGCUCACGUGCCUGGCAAAAGCAACCGAGAAGUCAGAGCAGAAACCUGGACAGCCAUGGAGGAGCUAUAUGAGAAAGGAUUAUGCCACUCUAUUGGAGUAAGCAACUUUCUCAUUGACCAUUUGGAGCAAUUAAGGGAAGACUGCCAAAUAACUCCUCAUGUGAAUCAGGUUGAAUACCACCCUUUCCAAAGGCCUCAAGAACUAGUGGAUUACUGCCGGAGCAAAAAUAUAGUUUUUGAAGGUUACUGUCCACUAGCUAAAGGUGAAGCCCUUAGUCAUCCUAAUAUAGUUCAGCUUGCAAAGAAAUAUGGCAGAACUCCUGCACAGAUCUGUAUUCGCUGGAGCAUACAGAAUCGCAUUGUCACUAUUCCAAAAUCUACAAAACCAGAAAGAGUCCAGGAAAAUUGUCAGGUCUUUGAUUUUAAUCUGGAAGAGGAAGACAUGGAAUUUUUAGACUCCAUGAACAUCAACAAAAAACUGAUUCAUCUUACCUACCCAUUGUGGAAAGGAUAGUCUUAAAGAUUAUACUUGCAAAUGUCAGUUACUCAAACCAUCAUCUCUGACCAGUUCCAAGCCUUUCUCCAUCAACCUGCUUAAUGCAUUCAAGAGUUGCAGUGAAUGACGUUGUUGAAUACUGCAUGCACAAGCCUCUUGUUCUCUUAUUAACAAAUUAUUUAGGUAAUCAAAUGUUCUCAUCUCCAGAUCUCACUAAAAUAUCAUUUUGAAAAGUUAUGAAUCAUUCAUCAGACCAACCAGAUCUGAAUAAAAAUUAUAUUGUUGAAGACUGAAGGCCUCUUACAGGCAUUUGAUUGUGGGACUGUGUGAGGAAGAUGGAGUUUGCCACUAGAAAUUAGCAGUUCUGGUUAAUUUAAGGUCUUGGGUUGUGCACAAAAGUAACAAAAUUAUUUUAUAACCAGAUGAUAUUAAAUCACUGAAAUUUAAUUUUAUGGGUAACCAAAGUAUUUAAACCAAUAGUUUUGCUUUUUAUUCAAAAUUCUUCUUAAAAGCAAUGAGCUCAAUCAAACAAUUUUCCACCAGCAGAAAGAAAGGGUUUUUUUUACUUUCCCUUCUCCUAUUGUGGAUCUCAAUUCACCCAUUCCUGCUAUUCCUGAGGAUUCCUUGUGUCCCAGAAGCAUUAUUUUAGGAAGUUCACAUGGUUGCAGUGGGAGGGGGGAAGGCAGGAAAAUUAUGUUCUUCUGAGGAGACCCCGCCCCCUCCUUUGUGGCCAGUUACCUCUGGAUCCAACCCAACAGGUACAUUCAGCCAGGAUUCAGAUAUUUGCCUUUUAACAAAUAUCUAAGAAAAAAGUUUCUCAGUGACUAUAGGAGGUGCACAAUCCCAACCCUGCUACAAGCAUUUAUACCUCAGUAUCAUGCUCUGCACCAUAAUUCAGGCAAGGAGAGACACAGCAGUUACCACCAUUUCUGUCAGGGCAGGGCAGCACCUCACUAUGCUAUAUUUUGCUAAAGGGUAGAAGGGCAUCUCUUUCCUGAUACCCUUAUUUCCUCUGGCAAAAAACAAGCAAGAUGCUGGGAAGAUGACUGAGAGAUAAUGGUGGGCAGGUGGAUGGGUAGAAGGUGACCUUGAAUUGUGUGCUGUCUGUGAUUGGUUUGAGGGCCCACACCCACUACUGCUACUGGGAGCCUUUCCCCUAACAGGCUGCAUCAUGAAGAAACAAGUGUUUGAACUGGUGGAGACAUGUGGUGGCUCUUUUUCGAUAGUACGUGGUGCUUCAGCAUUUAGUGGUAUAACAGCUGUUGAACAAACUCAACAAAUCUCUUGAGAUCCAUUGUACAAUUGAAGGAUGAUGUUGACAUGUAUAACGUUGAUUUUACAUUUCUAUAAAUAGAUGCAAAUUUCAA